CAACCCAUUAUCAAUGGGUCUACUUGGGUUUGGGUAUAAUUAUCCAUGGGUGGGUAAUUUGCUAUCCCUACUUGUGCCUUUGCUUGAUGUAACAUUGUUAUCCCAGGUGUCUGCUUCUCUGUUUUCAUCACACAUAGAUGCCAUAGCUAAGAUCGUUGGAUUUGCUGUAAACAAUUGCUCAUACUCUGUGAAUUUCAUCGACUGAUCGCAGUGAAGUGUCUAAACCAUUGACGAUCGUCAUAACCGGAAGGUGCAUAGUUAAAAAAAGACUAUCGGUCCCCAUAAUGAAGAAGAGCUCGAGAUCCAUGUGGGCCUGUGGCCCAGAUUGGGUCCAGGCCCGAAGAAUUCUAACAUACAAAUGAAAUGUGAAUCGUGCCCGCGAAGCUCAUCAAAAAUUCAAAAUUGUCAUUUUCAAUUUUCCCCAACCCGCCAUCGCCCCAAUUUCUGGGUACGCCGUAGCCAGUCAGCCAAAGGGCAAAGCCCUUCCCGGCCAAUUAAUCUAAGUGUGAGCGUCGCCGUUGCAGAGAAAACUCUCCACCACCCGCCGUCCAGAGCAGCCGAAGCAAGAAAUCUUCGCGGUGAAUCGACUUUUCUCAUUGAGACUAUGGCUCGAGGUAAACAAAUUCUCUCUGCGACUACUUCCUUCGUCUUUAAAGUUCGCGUCGACUGAAAGGUGCUCUAACUGUCUUCAUUUCUCCGGGAAUGCUUCUCAAUUAACGCCGAUAGCUGUAGAUCUGUAAUCUCUUUCGCCGGAGUGUGACGAGAAACUAGUUAGUAGUUCGUCUCUUGCGUUUGCGCUUUCCGCCUCGCAAUCACUGAAAUCGUACUCCAAUCCGUCGGUCAGUUUGUGGUGUAGUGGUUCCGGACUCUGCUGUUCUUGGCUAUUUUCAUGCGGGAAAUGGAUCAAUUGCCGCCAAAAAGCGGUUCUCUGGUGGAUCUGGACGAUGUAAAGCAUGUAUCUAGGUUGAGUACGAUUCUAGUUGCGACGAUUGAAGAGGCGAAAGACAGGAUUUCUCAGAUCGAGUACAUAUUCUGCAACCAGCUCUACCCUAAUGUCCAGACCAAGUACAAGAACUGGCAGGAUGUUUAUCUGGAGGCGAAGAGACGAGCAGAGGAUGGAUAUAAAGAGAAAGAGAAUGCACUAUUGCUCCGCAUUGAUGAGCUCGAACGCGGGCAGCAAGAAGCAAUUGCAGAGAACCAGUCUCUGAAGCUCGAGAAGGAAAAGUGGUUGGAAGCAAAGAAGAGGGAGAUGAAAUCUGGUGUCGAAGCGGGAAACGAACAGGAGAGAAUUGCUUUACUAGAACAGCAACUUCGCCAGAAGUCUGUUCAGGUUGAAAGGGAAAUCGAAUUGAUCGAUAGGGUGAUUCAAAUGGUUCAAUCGAAAUCGUCCAAGAUACUUGAACAGUCACUGCAGCUCAAGCAGCAGGAAGAGAAGGCAAAUGGGUUGGUUGGGAAAGUUGAGGAGUUGGAGAGGAAGGCUAAGGAACUCAUGAAGGAGAUAGGAGAAAAGAAUGAGGAAAUUGAUAGGCAAAAAGAUGGAUUCGAAUCGAAAAUCUUUAGGGAGAGAAAGGUUACUGAAGAGGAGAAGGUCAAGCUUAAGGAGAAGAUCGAUAAACUCGAAAGAAAUCUGAAUGACAAGAGUAGAGAAGUGGAGGAGGGAAGAGCAUUGCAGGAAGAGCUGCAAGAGCAGGCAAGUAAACUAGCUGUUAAACUUAGGGAUAAAGUCUUGAGUGAAUACUCUACGUGUAAGGAGCAUGCUAAGGUUCGAGAAGAGCUUGAAGUCAAAAUAAGAGGCUUAGAAGAGAAGGUGAAUGAGCUGCAGAAGAACAAUAUCAGUAGAGAUGAUGGCACAGAUACCGAAAAACUUGAAGAAUUACUUAAGCAAAUUCAGGCGAAAGAUGCUGAAUUGGUGGGCGAGAAGGGAAAGAACAAGGAUCUUGUUCAAGCAUACAAGAGGUUGAAACAUCAAUAUACCUAUCUAUGCGAGAAAUGUGGUCUUACAUCAGGGAACAUGCUUCCCCAGGCUAAAUUAGAAGAUGCAGGUGAUUUGUUCAAGUACCCCAAGAGUCCAACGGUAUCACCUGAGCUCAGGACUAAGGACUUAAACUCUUCACCAUUUCCUCAACAGCCAAAGAAAGUGAAGAUAGAAGAUGGAAUCAAUGAUGUCGUUGAGACUGACAACCCGUGGAAGACGGUUUCAAAUCCAAGCUUCCACCUUCCUCCACCCCGUCCUGCAGCUCAGAAGCUUCCUCCACCUACUGCAAAAUCUCCCUCCAUAAUAAGCGGAGUAAAGCGGCCUGCUUCAGGGUGGGUCGAGACUCGGUCCGCCGCCCAGGGCAAAAAUGGGCCGGACCCACAUGACGAUUUCCUCAGCACUCCAUUGGAGAACCUCAGAGAAAACAGGAACAAAGCCAUCAUCAUCAUGGAAGAAGAAGAAGAAGCCAACUUGUUUGCCGACGUGGUUCCAGCUAAGGCAGACGUGAUCAUCCCUCGUGGUGAUAACGAUUCAGAUGACGAAACUCAGAACAUGAAUGUGGACCCCUGUCCAGCAAAGCGGGAUCAUCUAACCCUGCCAGAGGGGAAGAAGAAGGGUUUCAAGUACGUGGAAACGGUUCGAAAGAAAGCGGACCGGGAGAAACUGCAAGGCGUGGAGUGCAAGCAGUGCAAGAAAUUCUACGACGCCGUUCUGGAGAAGGGAGGAGGCGGUGGUGGUGGGAAUGAAAACCUGAGGUGCGAGCAUCAUGAUGGCGUCUCCAGGCAUCGGUACAGGUACGCCCCUCCCAUGACUCCUGAAGGGUUCUGGAACAUUGGGUUUGAAUCCGAAAUCUGAUUUUAUCUAUUUACCUACCAGACUGCCUGCCUGUAGUUAUUUUUUUUUCUUACUGCAUGGAUUUUACUGCCGGUUAGAAUCAAAAGAAUAAAGAGGCAAGAUCAUGUGUGUGUAAUAAUAUCAGUGUUGGUCGUACGUGGUAGUUGGGUCAACGUCGGAUCUUAAAUGGCGCACUUUCUUGGAUCUCAAAUCUCAAUGCACAUCGCUGUUACUGUUUUUUCACUGUUGGAGUCGACGCAGUAUAACGUGUAAAAAUGUAGGAGGCAGGGGAAUAGUGUAGUAUAGCAGAAGUGUGCAUGGUUAUGCUAGUUUGCGCCGGGGGAGGAGCAUUGAAGUGAGGUACUGAGUUAGAGGAGGACAUACAUUGCAUUAAUGGAUUAUGGUUGUGUGGAUAUUUAAUCGAGAGAGUGAAUUGUUUUGACGGUCCACUCAUUCUUAUCCCUUUGUUUUUUUUUUCUGAAAUUCUUCUGAUCUGGAUCCAACACUGCUUUGAAUGCUGCUGUGGCCAGACCAGGCCACCCACCUUUUUUUUCCAGAUCACGGAAAUAGUAAUAAGUUAAUUACUAAUAGCUCAAUCUUGUACAAGGUAGACUAUAAAUAGGUGGUGGUUAGUCUGUUGUGUGCUCUUUGUAAUGCAACUGGUUAUAUAAAUAGUUACAUUUCGGCCUAGCCUUUCAAAGAUAUUAUCAAUUUGAUCGUUAUAUUUAAUAUGAGAUUUUGAUUCUAUUGAUUCGAUAUAAUUCGAUGUAGUACUCAAAAUUGAUUCCAUAUAAUUCUGCUGAAAAUAGAAAUCUCUUGCUAUAUACGAAAUAUUAUAAGUCUGAGAUAAUACUAUUAAUACUAUGUUGACAUUUGCAUAGAAAUGGGAUAAUCAUUAUUGCCUGAUUGAAUGACAUUGAUGUUAUUAUCACUCGAGUCGAGUGGUAUCUGUGAAGAAAAGGUUGCAUCAUAUUAUGACAAGGGUAAAAGAAAAGUAGGUGCAUUAUUAUUGUGUCUUUUUGGUGCUUAUAUUGUUGUCCUCCUCUCCUCCUUUCAAGUCCCAACCAAAUAGAGCUCUAUAUUUCAUGAUAAUAAACCAAUAGGAAAUCA